AUGGCCGAUUCCAGACCGGGCGGGGAAAAAGAUGCAUACUCUCAACAGCGACGUUUAUCUGGCUCAGCUCGACCGCCUCCAUGCAGCCAUCCAAGCCAAGAGACCCCGCAAAAAGAACCACAUCGUCUUCCAGCACGACAACGGCAAGACCCAUGUCGAGCAUCGAGUGAUCGAAUCGAUCGAAGAGAAGGGUUGGGAUCUGCUCCCACACCCGCCAUACUCUCCACGGAAGCUCCCUCGGACUACCACGUCAACCGCUCAUUGAAAAACUGGAUGGUGAACAAAGUAUACGAAGAUCUGGAUGAAGUUGUCGAAGAUGUUAAGGAGUGGAUCGCCUCUAAGAAUCGUGACUUCUUUAUCCGUAGAAUCGAUAUGUUGCCAAGCAAAUGGGAAGCAGUUAUUGAAGUGGAUGGAGAAUACGCCCCAGAAUAA